GAGCUUCACAGUCCCCCCGGCUCACAGCUUGCCACGUCACCUGCAGUGCUAGAGGAGACUUAACUGUGUUUGGCUGGCAGUGAGGUAUGGUACUGUGCUGAGGAAACGCCGGUGCAGCAAUACCCUCCCUGCUUGUUAUGUCAGAGGUGUAUGGCAGUCAGAAAUCUGCCUUUGGCAACCAGUAACUGGCAGUGCAUCUGUGGGCAGGGCGUAUUGGGUGUCGGUGCUUCCAGUAGCAACUGACGUGUUCCCUUGAGCUGCAGUUAUAAUUUGGGAUAAAAUCCAUUUGUGAGCAGUGGGGAAUAGCUGCUUAUCUGCUUAGCUUGUGAUUUCAUCAGUUCAUCAGUUGUUGAUGCUAUUUUUAUAUGGAAUGCACUUAAAGGAGGAAGUUGCUAGUAGACUGUUUUCUUUGGGGAAAAAAAUAAGUGCUGUUGCAUGGAUAUCUGCAAGUCUAGCAUCAGGCCUUGUAGAGGAAUAUGUGCAAAAAAUAAUCAGACUUUUUUACUGAUCCCAGUUUACAACUCAAACUGUUUAAGUUGCUUUGGUGUUUCUGUAGCAGGGUUUUAGCAAUGGUUCUGCUCCUUGUGAUAAUCAAGCACAUGUUUGUCCUUACGUCUUCAAAAUGCAAAAUAUAAGUAAAUGAUACCCGAGCUGCUGAUAUGUGGUCCUUCUGCUUAUUUAAAAGGGUUGGGCUUCAGCUCAGUAGAUAUGUGGAUUUAAGUUUAAAAUAACAGCUUGGAAGCUACACUACUUGGAUGACUCACUGUAGAAGUUCUUGUACAACUUUUGAUUUGUUUUAUUUGGCCUUUGUUCAACUAACCUCAUUUUAGUGGUGCUGUAAACGUUAGUCAGACAUGCUGAUGUGUGAAAUGGGUCCUGGAAGAGUUUGUAGGAAUUAUGAAACCAGAUCACUCAGAACCUUUUGUGGUGUUGUGUCUUGGAUCCUGGUGAUGUCCUUGGAAAGCUUUUGUUCUUUGGACUGAGAAAGAAUAGAUCCUGAGAUCCAGCAUUUUCAUGAUAUGCAACUGUUAAUGGGCUACGAGUGUUACCCGCUGCCCGUUUUGGUAACAGAUCUCAGGAGAAACAUUGGGGUAGUUUCUGAUUCUCAGGAAAAGAUGGCAUUAAGUACUUGCAGCAGCUUAGGGUGAUGCUGUAGAUCAUGUCUUUGGCCAACUAAGAGGGAGAUGAGUGGGAGUAAAAAUCAAGACAGUUAUUUUAACCUUUUUUUUUCAAUUAUUGCAAUCUUAGCUUACUGCUUAAAUGUUUCAUUUAUAACUGGCAGUUGAAUAUAAUGUAGUGGCUAUUUGUUGUCCCAAACUGGACUGGUUUUUUGUCUCUGAAUAAUAAUACAGGUGAUGUUACAAGCUUGUCAACUUGAUUGAACAGAACAGGCCCUAUGUGAGGAAAAAGGCUCUUGUACAAAACAUCACAGAAGCAUAGAAUGGCUUGAGUUGGAAAGGACUUCAGGGAUCAUCAAGUUCCAGGCCUCUUGCUGCAUGCAGGGCCACCAACCUCCAUAUCUAAUGCUAGACCAGUCUGCCCAGGGCACCAUCCAACCUGGCCUUGAACACCUCUGAUGACAGGGCAUCCACAACCUCUCUGGGCAGGACAGUGAUCAGGGCAUUUGGGCUGCUGUUUUCCAGGACCUUUGCUUCUGAGACCUAUUUUCCUUUAGGUCCCUCUGUAGAGCCUAAGGCUGUAUGGGGGAUGGGAUAUAUAUAUAUAUUUUUUUCUUUUAACCUAGAUAUGUGACUGAUGAUUUGAAUAUCAAAAAGGGCAUGUCAUCUUUAAGCUCUGCAUUCCAAGACUGUAUAGUGUAGGGAUUCUCAAGCAUGCAGCAUGACCUGUGGUUUCAGCUCCUUUGCUUAUUUAGGAAAUGCAUACUUCUCGGCUAAAAUGCAGUGCCAGCUCAGAAGGCCUGUGGGACCAGGUCUUUAGUCACCAAAAGAAGUUCUGCAGCUACAUUUUAGAGCUCAGAUUGCAAGUAAAACUUAACAGGCCGUCUCAUGUCAUGUGUGGACUUGUCAUUCAGGGUUGAUGAGUAACAUUAUCAGAAAGGUGAUGCAGCAGCCUCUUUUCUGCAUUAGAAUGCACUUGAUUAUUGGGUAUGGUUCCAUAGGCUUCAGAGCCAUUUGCCUGUUCUGAAUGUGUGGUCAAAUAGUGUCCGGUGUAUGAAUUCCUAGCCUUGAUCUCUUCAACUCAUAAAGCAGCGUAAGUUGCCUGCCGCUUUCUCCUAAGGAUGGUCUGAAUCCUAGGCUGUUUCCUGAUUUCUUGGAUUUCAGGUAGUUUUGUAUAUUCUUUAAUCUUUUAAGAAAUAACCUAUUUGAUGUCAUCUUCCAAAGAUCCAUUUUUCUCUGCUAAGAUAUUUCAAUUUGAGGAAUGUCCUGGGACAAGCCAGUAAGGAUCUCUGGGUCUCUUUUUCCUGCAGAAGCUGCUGAUGUAUAAGGUGUUCUGUGUAGUUAGGGUGUUGUGCAGUGUUCACAUGGGAGAACAGUAUAUAUUCCUAGUAACGGGAGCCUCUUGGAACAGGCAAGAAAGUGUCUGCUAAGCGUGCUCCUCUGGCCACCUACAUUUAGUUAUCUUCCUGAUGCUCUUCUGGAGUGCAGCUAACUUCAUAAGCCCAUGUGCUUCACACUUUGGACUGUCUGCAAUUCAGACUAUCCAUUAGCUCUGUUGAAUUUUGUUUAGAGACAGGUCUUCCUUAUCAUUCGAUAUAAGAGUUCUUGGUAUUUUCAGUUAUACUGUACCCAGUGUAUUAAUGUGUGCAGUGAAGACAACCCAUCUGUCAACCUGGAGGUGCUUUGUGUUUUAUGGGACUAUGUAUUCAUGGGACUGAGCCUCACUCCUCAGGACUGCUGCUUUCCUUUGUUGAGUGGUCUAAGCAAGGAUAAGUGCACAAGUGCCCUGCAACUGUCAGUUCUGGGUGAUGGAUUUUACAAAACUUCUAAGGUAGAGAGUUGUCUGAGGGAUCUGAGUGAGUUUCAGUUCUGUUGAUUGCCUUGUUUAAAAAAAAAAAAAAGGUCUCAUCUUUGAUGUCCAAGGGCAGUUGCCUGGAAUGCCUCUGGGACCUUCAGCAAGCACUGUGUCACUGGGAAACCGUGCUGCACUCAACACGGUGCAAUUCCCAUUGGUAUGAAGGUCCCUAGCUUGCUAAAACAUACCAGUGCUUUGUGGGGAGUGCUGGGGGGGAGUCUCCCAGAGCUAAAAGUGAGCAUGAGUUACCACUCAGAGCCCUGAUUGCUGGUAAGUAUCUUCUGUUUGUGUCCAAACACAUCAUGCAAACUGAAAAAUAAGCGCUGUACAUUAUAUCAGAAAAUGCCUUAUUUUGUGGACAGACAAGCAAGGUGAAGAAGAUGCUGUUUUUCCUAAAAGGACAGGUUAACAUGUAGGUACUGCUAAAAUUCACAUUGCGAUGGAAGAGAGGACUGAAAAGAUACCUUCCAAAUAUCUGUCUUAAGCUAGCUUUUUUGUUGGAUAAAAUACAGAAGUGUAAUAGAGUAUUUGUCAGCAGCCUUAAAUUUUGCUGAGUGCUGUUAGCCCUUGAAGGUUACUGCUGCUAGGGAUCGAGGUAAGUCCUACAUGUACCACUCUGCCAGCUUUUCUUGCUGGAAGAGAGGCUUUCACCAGCAGUAUUCAAAGGUGGCACACUUCAAUGCAGGUACAAAAGCAUCAGCAGGAUCAGCCUUUGACUCAAGUUCCAGCCUUAGAAUAAUUUUCUAAACAUGCAACAGGACGUAUUUUGGACUGUCUGCUUUUAAAAUCCUUGUCAAAAUGUUGAGAUAUCAUAUUAAUGUUCCAUAAUCUUUUAAGUACACAUGAUUGUAAUUAAAUGUGAAUGGCCUGGGAAUGUUUCUGUCCUGUGAUCAUGUUUCUGUAUAAAACAAAAAGAAUCCUGAAUUGGCUUCUUUCUUCAUUGGUAAACAGAUUCAGGUUCCUGUUUGUGAUCUGACAGCAGGGAAGAGUUCUUGGAGCGUCAAUAAAUGUUCUUUUGUUUAUUUGUGUUUGCUGGAGAGAGAGGAAGCAGAAGGGCUAUAUUCAAUUAAAUGGCAGAGUAGAACAGCUGACUAAAGGAAUUUUCAUCCAUCCUCAGAAAGGAGGACAGUAUGAACAUUUACCUUUGCGAGUAGGUAGCCAUAAAAUCGAUCCAUUCUUUGAGUCUGUUUCCUUUUCAAAGCUUGUGUCCCCUGUUGAUAUUGGAACCAGAGUGUCUUAGUGGCUUCUAGUUUGAUGUACCCCCUCUGUUAGUAGGGAAGUGUUGUGCUCAUGGUUAAUUCAUCUGCUCAUUGGCUUCCCCAUUUUCAGCACAAAACAAGGCUUGUGUUUCACUGCAGUUUGGUUGCUCCGCUCUGUGUUUGGUAUCAUUUGGUAUCAUGAGUGGGAAAUAGGCUUAGAUCAGUCUGUUGCUGUUAGAUGAAGUCUUUCUUUCAAGCCAUACUGAUCUGAGAUUUCUGUAAGAAAUUCAAAUUUGUUUCUGAUUUGUGAGGCAGCAUUUUAAGUUAGCUUUGGCAGUGUACAUUUUAAUUAGAUGAGAGAGGAUGUUGAUCCUCUUUUUUUUUUUUUUUUAUCCCUUCAUUAUUGCUGCUUGUGGUGUCUCAUGAAAAUUAUGCUUGAUUCUUGUCACAUUUUGAUGAAUGGUUUAGGCUGUUUGAAGCCUUCAAGCUAUUGACUUGGUGGAGGGGGAGACUGGUUCCCUCCUGCCUCAGUAUUAGGGUUUGUUACCUUGCAGUAAAUGUAAAAUUGCUGAGAAAAGGUUAUGUUUUCUUAGGUGUGAAUUGGGAGCUAAUUUAGAAGUAGUUUGUGCUGCUUGCAAUUUAUGGCACUUGUGUUUAAGUGUCAUUUUUGUUAACUCUGACAUCUGAUUUUUGUUGUUAAGAGAGGAUGUCUUAGUCUGGAUAGACAUGUUUUUAUUUUUGAUGUCUUUUAAAACAUGUCUACCAAAGGAAAAGGCAGGGAUGAUGUCUGAGGCAAUACUGAGUGUCUCUGAAAAAGUUUGAAUUAUACUCUUCACAGUAAGUAUGCAAGCAGCAUACAAAGUAAUACCAGUUCUGUAUAAAAUCAGUGACAUCAAAUAGUCUCUGUGCAUGUAACUUUAUGGAUGUGUGCAUCUAAGAUUUAUCUAUCUUUCAGAAUUUGGUAACUUCCAACAAAGAGUUAAAGCCAGUUCAAUUGCCUCUGAAACAUAAAAGAAGCUGAAGUGAUUAAAUAAAGGAAUACUUGGCAAAACAAUUCAGGAAGAUGAUAAACCACCUUUUAAAUGCCUAUAAGUCUGCAGGAAACGUUCUCAUCAUUUUGAUUAUCUUGUUUACUCUAUGCCAGUAAGGGAAAACCUGGGAGAAGUUAAGGGAGCCAAGCAGGGAGUAAAAAAGCAGGGAAGUCUUCCAGGAACAAUAUUAAGUGAAGAUGUUCUGCUGGUUCUGUUUCUUCAGUGGCUGUGAAUUGUGCAUAUUAAAAUGUAUCACCUUGUUUUAAAUGCAAAAGUGAUUUUUAAAUACUAAAAGGAUUUGAACACAGUUGUAUUUUCUUUUAGCUGAUAUAUUUAAUGAUCAGUUUUAUUACAUAUAAAUGUUUUGAGAUACUGAUUUUUGGCCCUUGAGUUCAAUUCCUGCCAUCAAAAAACAAGCAAACAAAGAAACCCAACAACCUGGCGCAAAGACGAUGAGCUGAAAUUAAUAGAAACAGAAGAAUCAGGGAUGUUCUUUGGCCAACUUUCAGGUGAUAUUUGUGCUUUUGUGUGUGCAUGCACAGAUGCACAAAGAAAGUGAUGCAAUUGCUCGAACAUUUGUGUAGUACGUGGUUCUGGUUGAUAGAGAAGCUUUUAUGCUAAAUUUGAUAGGAAUGCUUACUUAAAAGCAGGUAUGUUUUACAGUUUCCCCUGUGUGAAAGUGGACAUUUCUCAGGAUAGCAGAGCAAGUGCAAAUGCAAUAAUGCAAUACAGUAUAAAUAACUUCCAGGUGCAGCUUCUAGACUAAAAUGAGCAGUCCCAAAUAUGAUUUUAACAUCAGUCUACUCUGGUUGACAUCACCUGAGUUAAACCAAGUACUGAAGUUGUUUGAAGUUACGUGCAGAUGCUGCUGUCUGGGCAUUCCAUUUUGCAUCAAAAUGCCCUGCGCUCUUGGUGUCUUGCUUUACACUCCCCUACCUGAUUUCUUUCCCCAGCAUAGCAGCGGUGGGGUGAAGUAAUGUCUAUGAGGAUAGCUGGAAAUGCUGGGCCAUGCUAAGUUGUGGAAUGGUGGAGAAGAUGCUGACAGGUAAAACCUGCAGCCAGCUCAAGUCGCAGAACUGUAGGGAUUGGAAAGGACGAUGGAACUGGAGAACAUAAAGUCCAAUCUCCUUGUGAAAGCAGGUUCUCUUGGUAACUGCUGUGGUGGUUGCAGUCAGGAGUUGCUGUGUUGGUGGCAGGUUAUACAGAGGAGGUAAUACGGAGGUAUUCAUGCUUGUAGGAAUUUGUUACGUUACAUCCUCUUACACUCCUAACUGGUGAUUCAGUUUGUGCUUAAAAGAAGAAGGAGAAUACUGAACAGCCUCUUCUGUGCAGAAUUGAUGAGAAAAAGGUGGCUGGUGAGUGUUUUAAAAGGUACUUACGUUUAUUGCAAACUAGUUCCGAAAUCUAGUGUGUCUGAGAUCUUAGGGUCAUAGAAUCAUGGAAUCAUAGAAUGGCCUGGGUUGAAAAGGACCACAGUGAUCAUGUUUCAACCCCCUGCUGUGUGCAGGGUCGCCAACCACCAGACCAGGCUGCCCAGAGCCACAUCCAGCCUGGCCUUGAAUGCCUCCAGGGAUGGGGCAUCCACAAUCUCCUUGGGCAACCAGUUCCAGUGCGUCACCACCUUCUGGGUGAAGAACUUCCUCCUAAUAUCUAACCUAAACCUGCCCUGUCUUUGUUUAAAAACAUUCCCCCUUGUCCUGUCCCUAUCCAAAUAGAGAAUAGUGGUAUCCAAACAGGAUAGAGGUAUAUAGCAGUUCUGUGAAAGUAGAUCUCCUCUGUUCCUAAAAAUCAAAACUUUGUGUAGGUGUCUCCAAUUCAGUUGAACUUGUGGAGGUGUUCUUUGUGAUAGUAUUGCUAUGCUUCCAAAAGAAACGUUAAUGUUUCUUUGGCAGUUGUAAAAUUCAGUAUUUUUUCCUGCAGUUAGAUGAGAACCUCUCUUUUUUUUAUAAAAUUGAAAUUAUUGACGAAACAAUCUAAAUAUUUUACUGAAUUUAUUUUUAGUGAAACCUUAUUGUCUUUCUCCAAAGUGGUAACACCAGAAUUGUUUAAAUAUUUUGUUGUUGUUGUUGUUACCAGGGGAUUUAACAGCUGGGCACAAACAGUAGGGACCCUGAAACUGCUCAGUUCUUUAAAGGCUAGUGGUUAACUUGAGCCACAGAUGUUACUAUUUAGUUUUGGUGUGUAAGCAAGGUCAUUUUGAGGAUGAAAGCAAAGCCAUCUGGAUUCUGGGUGGGAAAAAUCAGUUAAGAGGAAUAAGAAACUUUUUUUGUUACUUACUGUGGGGUGAGUUACCUUCAGGUAUGUGAAUUUUCUUCUCAUAUUCAGUGUAUAAAGUGUCUGUGUGCAUACUCCCAGAACUGUGUGUUGCAGGAGCAGCUUAAACGUUGUAAUAAGUAGCAGGGUUGUUCCCUUGUUGGUCGCUUCUUUGUAUUCAACUGGUGUAAGAAAGCAGACCUCCCAGGUACAGAUCAACACGUAACAAAAAGACAAAAUCCCAACAGCUUUCACCUUCUGAAAGUUUGAAUGUGAUAAAGAUGGCGCUGAGAAGAAAAAUAUAUAUGUGUGUGUGUGUGUAUAUAUAGACAUACAUGAUUUAGCAUGAAAAUAUAGGAAAGGUGAUAGUGUGCAUUUUGCCUGGUGCUCUCCUUUGUUUCUGGUUGAUCUGGUCUCAUUUAAAGCCCCCCAGAAGGCAUUUGCAACUGGUUAUGUUUCUUAUCCAUAGGCAUGUAAUUUUUAUGCUGGCUCAAAACAAAGGUGACGUACAGUUUCUCAGAUUCAAUGAUAACACUUGACAGAAGUAUGUAAAAUACCCACCUGCUGCAUUCUUCUCAGCAUGACCCAUCGUCCCCCAGUUUUGCCUACAGCUUUUUGCUGCUGUGUAUUUUGGAAGCAGUCGCUCCCUUCCUGUGCAGUCACACAAUUAUUUGUGCGAGUGCUCAACCGCUAAGCACGAGCUCCCUUUGCAAUAGGAUCGCCUGUAAUUGCUCUCUUUGUGCCUGCUGAAAGCUGGCUCUGUGUGGGGAUGUGUGUUUACGUGGUCAUGGCUGUAUUCCUGACUGUCUGUCCCAUGGCAUCAGCUACACUGAGCUCAUUACUUCUGUGUCCAUGUGUUCUUCAUCGCACUUGGCUCUGAGCUGUGUCCAGGCCAUAUGUCCUGCUCCUCUGAUCUCGGAUUUUUUUGUUUUGUUUUAAGUUUGGAGUGUUUGAAACAGACUAUGUGGGUAUGCUUCAGAGCUGGAGAGGCUUUGGAUGCCCACUGUAGUUUGUGUCUGUGCCUGGUUGAAUCUGCCUGUUGUCCAGCUCUGCUCUCCUGCUCAGUCUGGCUUUCCCUCUGAUAGAGUUGCAGUGUUGUCAUGUAUGGGCUGUGGCAUGAGAGACACAGAGCAGCCCUGUAGAAUUUAGUAUUACUCUCUGGCAGCCCAAAGGGCCAGCCAUACUCUGGGGUGCAUCAGGCCUAGCACUGCCACUGGGUGAGGGGUGGGGUUGUCCUGCUCUGUGCUGUGUGGCUGCAUCUCCAGCACUGGGUGCAGUUCUGGGUGCUGUCAAACAAGAAGGACCAAAGAGCCAAAGGAGGCCUACAAAGAUGGGAAAGGGUUUAGAGGAGAAGAUGUAUGAGGAGCAGCUGAGGUCCCUUGGUUUGCUCAGCCCAGAGCAGAGGAGCUGAGGGGAGGCCUGAUGGCGGCUGCAGCUCCUCGCAUGGAGUGGAGGAGCAGCGCUGAGCUCUGCUGUGUGUGACAGUGACAGGGCCGGAGGGAACGGCAUGGAGCUGUCAGGGGAGGGCAGCUGGGGGUGAGGGACAGGGUCUGCAGCACAGGGCAUUGGGCAUGGAACGGGAUGCAUGGGGCAGUGGGCACGGCCCUGAACUGCUGGAGCUCAAGAAGAGUUGGGACAACGCUCUCAGCCAUAGGAUUUUAGUUUGUGGAUUGUGCUGUGUGGAGCCGGGGGUUGGAUUCUGUGAUCCUUGUGGGUCCUGUCCAAAUUGGGAUAUUCUGUGACUGUGUGUUGAAUGCCCUGUGGAAUGGCAUGAGGAUACACUGAUUGAGUAGAAAGCCUGUUGAGAAGUUGCUAACAACAUGCAUAGGGUGGAGGUGGAGAUGUAGUACUUGUUGCAUUCUUGCAGUACUGGGAUUUUGGGAACAGGUCAUGGACUGAAGGAUUCCUAAAACAGCGUUCAAGAAAGCUGUUUGGGGCAGUGCAGGUUGCCACACUUUGGUCCUUCACAUAGAGCAGGUUAGAUGUGUACAGGAGGCACGUGUGAAAGCAGCAGGGUUUGCCACUGUAGACAUCCGUCCCCGCACACUGCUGCACCUCAUCCACUCCUACAGAUCUCCCCCCUGGUGGGUGGGGGCUGGCUGCUUGGGGGCAUACAGCCCUGUGCCUGGAGUGCUUCUGAUGAUUCUAGGGGCCUGUGGUCAGCAUGCACAGUUAGGCAGGUAUUUUUUUCCUCUCAGAUUUUAAGGCAUAUUUUACAGUGCAUAAAGUGGUUAUGGACACCGUCUUGAACCUGUUUAGUUCUCUAGCAUAAUUAAUGACUUUCUUCUACCUCACUUAACAGCCUUGCAUGAAUUAAACUUGUAUACAAAAAUACACUUUUUUUUCCCCCUAAGAUUCAGACAAGGACAUCAUUUAAAUAAUGUCUUACGUAGUUUCAAUUUCUUUAAAUUACAUUUACUGACAUAGAUGUUCUCUGUCAUGUCUUUCCUAAAACUUCAUUUCAUGGUUGAUUCUUUUUGAAAACAAAGAGAAAGCGUACUGGUCCUCUGAAAUCUUACCUUGAUAUUUUCAAAUGUUACUCUGAAGGGUGAACCAUUUUCUCCAGCUUAAAAAUAUUAAGCCAGCAUUGCUUCAGCUUGCUUUGCAAGGCUUAAAUAUAUCUGCAAUUAUGUAAGUUUCAGUUGUGUGAUAUUUCAUGGGCAUCUAUUUAAACAUACAACUGUUAUUUUUAGUUGAAAUAUAGACUAUAUAAAGACUUAAAAGAUGUGGGAUCAACCUUGGCAGCAAUGGCCUUUGAACCAACAGCAGUGGAUGCAGUCAUUUCAGCACCAGCAAGAUCCAAGCCAGAUUGACUGGGCUGCCUUAGCUCAAGCAUGGAUUGCUCAGCGGGAAGCCUCAGGGCAACAAAGUGUAGUGGAACAACAAGGAAUGAUGCCAAAUGGACAGGAUAUUUCAGGAAUAGAGUCUGGUUCAAACAACCAUAAUAAUUUUCAGGGGGAUCCCAACUUCAACAGAAUGUGGCAGCCAGAAUGGGGAAUGCCUCACCAACCCCCUCACCCUCCUCCAGAUCAGCAGUGGAUGGCUCCAACCACAGGUCAAAUGGAAAUUGUUCCUCCAUCUGAAGACAGCAACAGUCAGGACAGUGGGGAGUUUGCAUCUGACAACAGGCAUAUAUUUAACCAGAACAAUCACAACUUUGGGGCACCUCCCGAUAACUUUGCAAUGGGGCCAGUGAACCAGUUUGACUAUCAGCAUGGGGCUGCUUUUGGUCCACCCCAAGGUGGAUUUCAUCCACCUUAUUGGCAGCCAGGACCGCCAGGGCCACCAGGUCCACCAGCACCUUCUGCACCUCCUCAGAAUCGAAGGGAAAGGCCCUCGUUCAGAGACCGACAGCGUUCGCCUAUCGCGAUGCCAGUGAAGCAGGAGCCUCCACAGAUUGAUGCUGUGAAGCGUAGAACUCUGCCUGCCUGGAUUCGGGAGGGUCUGGAAAAGAUGGAACGAGAGAAACAGAAAAAAUUGGAAAAAGAGAGGAUGGAGCAGCAACGCUCACAGAUGUCUAAAAAGGAAAAAAAGGAAAACGAUGAGGCUGAAGAAGGGGAUGGCCCACGGUUGCCUCAGAAAAGCAAAUUUGACAGUGAUGAGGAAGAUGAAGAAGCUGAAAACACAGAAGCUGUAAGCGUUGGGAAAAUCAGCAGGAGUCCAUCCCCUGUUCCUCAAGAGGAGCAAAGCGAACCAGAAAUGACAGAAGAAGAGAAAGAGUAUCAAAUGAUGAUGCUGACAAAAAUGAUGCUGACAGAAAUUCUUUUAGAUGUCACAAAUGAAGAAAUUUAUUACGUGGCCAAAGAUGUACACCGUAAAGCAACUAAAGCUCCUGCAAAACAGCUGGCACAGUCCAGUGCACUGGCUUCUCUCACUGGACUCGGUGGACUGGGUGGUUAUGGAUCAGGAGACAGCGAAGAUGAGAGGAGUGACAGAGGCUCUGAGUCGUCUGAUACUGAUGAUGAGGAACUGCGACACAGGAUCAGGCAAAAACAGGAGGCAUUUUGGAGAAAAGAGAGAGAACAGCAACUAUUGCUAGAAAAACAGCUAGAAGAAGAAAGGCUACAAAUUGAUAAAGUUUCAAAGGAGAUGAAUGAAUAUAUGAACAAAGAACAAAACAGCAUUUUGACAUCACAGGAGGCAAAAGAAAUCGAAGCAGAUUUGGUUCAUGACAAGAAAAGAUCUCCAAAUGCAAUCGCACCCGAUAUAGAACCCAAAAAAGAGGGUAAAGAAAAAGAGAGGACAGGAAGGAGCAGGUCAAGAACCUCUAGCAGCGGUAGCACUAGCAGCAAUAGCAGAAGCAGCAGCAGUAGCAGCACUGUAUCUAGUUCAUCAUAUAGCACCAGCUCAGGUAGUAGUCGCAGUUCUUCGCGUUCUUCCUCUCCUAAAAGGAAGAAGAGGCACAGUCGCAGUAGGACACCUUCACACAAAGUGAGGCGCAGCAGAAGCAGGAGCUACUCUCACAGAAAUAGAAGAGAGAGGAGUAGAAGCAGGGAAAAAAUAAGGGAAAGGAGAAGAUCCAGUAGAAAUCAGAGCGCUGAGAGAGGGGAGAGGCGGAGAAUCCAGAGCCCGUCUCAAGAGAGGAGCUGGGAUAGACGUAGGAGUAGUAGCUCAAGAGACAGGAGAGUUGGCCGUGCCAGUCGCAGCAGGAGCAGGGACAGGCGCAAACCCGAAGACCAGCAUAGAAGUCCUCCUGGAAAUAGGCACAAACACAAAAGUGAUGGUAAAGAUCAAGAGAGGAAGAAAGAGCAUGGUGGAACUGUAGACAAAGACAGAAAAAAGAACAGGGAAAGGGAGAGAGAUCAGGAAAAAAGAAAAGAUAAGCCUAAAAAGGAGGAAAAAGAAAGCAAGGCUGGUAAUCACGAUGACAAUAGGUUGAAGAGGAAAAGAGACAGUGAAAGAAUUUUCCCUCGCAGUGAGACGAUAUCUGUGAAAAUAAUAAGACAGGAUUCCAGACCAGACAGCAAAAAAGUUACUACCAAAGAUAGCAGGAAGCAGUCAGGCUCUGAAUCUAGUGCAAGGAGUAGUUCUGAAUCGCCAGGAAGCAGUAAGGAAAAGAAGGCUAAGAAAUCAAAGCAUAUUCGGUCAUGCUCCAUGGAGAAAUCUCAAAGGUCUGGUAAGAAGGCAAGCCGCAAACACAAGUCUAAGUCACGAUCAAGAUCAACAACUCCUCCUCGUCGUAAACGCUGAGGAAUUAAUGGCACCAGUGCUAUGAUGUUUAAAAAUUCCAUGAGUUAUAAAAGGCUUGUCUCAUUAUAGAGGCACAUUGUGGCUAUGUAGGUGAAACCAGAACCCUUUUUUUAACGUGUAAAUAGGUGUAUUUUUUUCCAAAUGCUGCUCUGAAUUAAAUACCUAAUAGGAUUUCUUUGUAUUACAUUUUUUCAAGAACGGUAGUGCUUAAUAAGAAUAUAAAACACACCAUUCUCUUUCAGCUGUAAUGUUCUUAAAAUUACUAUUGAAUGUACUGUGAUGUCAAUAAAGCUCUUUAGUUCUUUUUUUGUUUAAAGUUCUUGCACCUGGAUUUUGUGUUAAAUUGUAGAAAAUACUUCAGAAAAAGGCAGCUUUUUUAGUAUAACAAAUUUUUAAAGUACUUGAGAAGAGACUUUUAACUUGUGGCAGUAUGUUACCCAUGGAUUCGAUGAGAUUCAUCUGUUGGGUGGGGGAUGUGGAAGAACAGAGCGUAGACAUCUUCCUUUAGGUGUGUAAUAGAUUUUUAACAUCCUUUUUAUUUGGACUCUCGAGUAACAUUUGCUGUGUGUGUAACAUAUGGGUCACUGUAAUACGAGCGCUACUUAGACUGAGCCCCGCUAGGAAUAUGUGCAACGAAAUGAUGUUGUGUGACAGUGCUCUGGAACUCUAUUCCUCACCCAAUUUCCAGAGAAAACUCUGUGGACGUUCAGGGACAUUGCAGGAACGAGACUCAGCCUGCUAGAUGUUGAUGAAAUAUAUUUAUAAAUGGCACUCGGUGUGCAUUAGGAAACUGACAGUAGAUAAACAUGGCAUUUUGGCACAUGCUCUAAAUGUAUAGUGAACAUUAAAACUGGUUAUUUAUGCUAUUGUUAUGAGAACUGUGAUUCCUAUAAAGUGAACACAUUGGUUAGACAGCAACUUCACUAAAUGUAAGUACAGAGAUAGAUUUUUAUCGCCAUAAAGUGAACGAGAUCACUAAUUACAUCUUUUGGGAAAUGAACUACAGCUGUUAGUAACAAGAAUGUGAAAUCAUACUACUUUAAAAACAAAGAAACAAAGCCUGCACAACCGUAGGCCUCUGCCUGUUACAGAAGGCACAUUAUUUCAGGAGAAGGUCGGAGGUCUGUGCCCAGAAGGUCUGCUCUGGUACUGAUGGUGGAAAAGAUAAAAGGCUCAGCAUCAAAGUGAGAGCUCUUUGAUGGCUGUGUCUUCUAGGGGAAAAAAUUGCACCAGUGCAGCAACUCGCAAGGCAUGUCUUCUUGGACAGAUUAAUCCAUUUAACUACAAGUAGAAUGCAGCUAUGUAACAUCUUUGCCAAUACAUGUUUUUCAUAAUUAGAUGCAGAAGCAAGCUGCUUCACUGCAAAGAAUCACAUUGUACCUAUACGUUUAUUAAGCAGUUUAAUGGCUGUCGCGUACACGCAUGUUUACCAGAACCCUGUUACGGAUAAAUAAUUAGUUAGUUCACUUAUAAAUAACAUGCACUCAAAAUUUAUAUAGCAUAGAGUAAGCAAUCACACCAAGCAGCAGAAUAAGGCAUAAAUUUGUAAUGCACUGUUUUUAUUGGUAUAAAUGAUAGUACAUUGAUCCAAGCUUUUGGUAGAAGUGAGUUUGUGCAGAGUAGGUAGUGUGGCAGAUUUGGUAUCUUAGGAGGACUUGGAGAGAGAGAAGAAAAUUGAAAGGAAAUUGAAGAAAAGCUACUGAGGAAUACAGUUUCCAUAGUGCAUUGAAUUUGAUUUUCAGUUCAGAUUUUCUAUUAUCUGUCUAACAAUAAAAGAAAGACUGUAUGAAAAGCUUGA